UCUAGAUAUGUAUAGGGAUUUAAACGGUGUUUUAAACCCUUUGAAGUAAACAUGAUCUUACAACAUUGCUUACUUUAUACAUCGCUUAUUAACGCGGGUCUUAAUAAGCACUGCUUAGUAACUCGUGAAGUAAUCUUGUCCUAAAUGGAUGUUUAUAUACUGUUCUGGAUUUUGUUUUUAAAGUUCACCGUUUAGUGGAUUCAACAUGCCACGAGGUAUUGUUAAAUAUGUGUACGAAUUAAUUACAAUUGGAUGCAUAUAUAUGAAUUAGAGUGUUAUCCAAAAGAAAUACUUGAGCUGAUGAAUGUUCGUGGCCUCACAAGAAUGCAAGUAGCUAGCCAUCUCCAGGUACGUACGUAAUUUGUAAGGGUAAUUUGAGUUUGCGCUCCAUAUUAUUGUCUAAAUUGAACUUUGCACUCCGUUUUUAAAAAUCUUUAUUUUUGCACUUCAACCUCAUAUGAAAAGACAAAAAUGCUCUAAAUCAAAAAUAUGUUGAAGGUGAAUUGUUGGUGCAAUUUUUUUAAGAAUAAGCUAAAACAAAAAUGACUCAUAACCAACAUCAAUUUACAGUCGAAUACAGAUCGUGGUUCAUUCCCCAUAUCGAGGAACAUAUUACACAUCCCCUAUUAGAAAAUACAACAAAGAUAAUACAAAAAGAACAACAAAGAUCAUGUGCAUCUUUCUCUAGGAAUGUGAUGAUAAAAUUUAGUUGCCAAAAUUGCACUUCCAAAACAAGUCUUCAAUUGGAGUUUCCCUACUUACUCCUUAAUUUCUGUGCACUUAUAGAGUUAUUGUCAUUGCUUAAAAGAAUGCUUUUCUACUUCGUGUUUUACAAAAGUUAAAAGUGUGUUUUCAACUAGUUUUUCUAUUUAAAUUUACGUAAUUCGAAGCUAAAAGUAAUAAGCAGCCAGAUGAGUGCUUAAAAUGACAAUUUACUUCUUCUAUUAAGUUUUAUCUGACUAAUACACUAAAAAUUAUUUUCAUCAAAAAAAAAUAUGGGAUGCAAAGUCAAUUUUACAUGAAAAUUUGGAUGUUCUCGCACUUUUUCAAAAUUUGUGAUAUUUUAAUUAUUUUUUCCUAUGCAAUUAUACUAUGUUCAUUUUGAUCAAUUGAUUUCAUCAUUUUUGCUGGUAAAUUGCCAACAGAAAUGCCGCAACGACGACUGGAGAGUCCCGGAGGAGCGAAAACUUCCGACUACCAGUUUCUCUACUGCCGCCGGCUCUGUGCAAAAAAGCCAGACCCGAAGAUUCGGCGCAAUGCCGCGCCUCGCCGGAAGCAGUCUCCGGCACGGGAGCCCUACUCGCCAACACCAAGAGAACACCAAAUCGGCGGAAAGUCCCUCAUCGCCGUCGAUAAACGGCGUCAUGGGAGUUGAAUCUUCUCAUCAGCCCCUCCAAAGCAGCCAAUAUCUCACAGUCCGAAGCCCCGGCCCGUCUUCUCCUCAGAGCGUCGCCCAGCCCGUCCGCUCCGCCGACGGAACUGCCGGCAAAUCCCAAAUUGUCGGGUCCAUCAAUUACAGAUCCGGGGAUCUAAGAGUUAAUUCCCGUGAAAUGGAUGUUCGAUCUGCUGACGGGAAUAAUUGUGGUGUUUUUAAUAGUCUUAUUAGGAAUUUUCCGAUUGGUGAGAAAUACGGCUUCUCUGAUGAUCCUCGCAACAUCUCUGCCGGAAUCGAUUGUUACGCAACCACGACCCAUCCGCCGCCUCUGUACCACCGGAGAGUUAUUUCAGAUGAGGUAUUUGGCUUGCCUAAUUUGGAUCGUCAAUAUCCGUUUCAGUGCUUCUCCGACCAUUAUGCGCGGCUUGGCGGGGAUCAGGCCGAAUCUUCCUCUCGCUUUGACACAGGAUUCAACGUGCGCCAGCUGAAAAAGCAAUAGGUUAAAAUUCUGACGUUUUGUAGAAGGAAGGUAUGGUCCAGUGUCCCAAGGUGAUGAAGAUUCCUAUGGCAAUUCCUUUAGCAUAUGAGGACAUGCAUGCAUCAGCCUGCUGGAACCGAAGAUGAUAAUUUCAUUACCUUACUUUCAGUUUCAAGUGGAGCUACUCUCAUCCACAUUCCAUCCAACAUAGCUAGUUACAAUUACGUUAUUGUAUUGUAGUAAUAGACUUGAUUCGUAUCUUUAUUUUGAAAAAAAACAGCGUUAUGAACGUGUUUACUUCUAGGAUUCGUUGUUUUCACUUUCUAGUUUUAUUGUCUUUUGUGUUAAAGUUUACGUCUAUGUUUUCCAAAAAUCGAGUAGUCUGGAAUUCAAAAGAAAAUUCACAGGGAUUUUCAAAUAUCACACAUGGAUGAUCGUUGGAGGUUGAAAUCCCAUCCGCGGUUUAACCGGAACCGCCGGUUUUUUAUCCGAACGGCAUAGUAUACUUCCGGUUUGGAACUGGAGGUUCACUAGUCCGUUCAGUUCUUCAAAAAUUUGGAACCAGAACCGGCGAUUCCAGGGCGGAACCGGACGGUUCCGGUUUGGAACCUGAUUUUUAUUCUAAAAAAACUAAAUAAAUAAAUAAAUAAAUAAAUAAUAAAUAAAUAAAUAAAUAAAUAAAUAAAUAAAUAAAUAAAUAAAUAAAUAAAUAAAUAAAUAAAUAAAUAAAUAAAUAAAUAAAUAAAUAAAUAAAUAAAACUAAUAAUAAUCAUAAAGACAAUAAUGAUAGCUAUAAUAAUUUAAUUUCAUUAAAAGUAGUUAUAAUACUAAUAAUAAUAAAAGAUUAUAAUACUUCAAAUAUAUAAUUUUUAGUAAGUACUAUUUAUAAUACUAAAAUAUUACUGCGUACAAAUUAUAGUUAUAAGAAUACAUAAAUUUUAUAUUAGUAAAAUACUUCAAAACAAUUACUCGUAUUAUACUUGGUUUAGUUAGAUAUAGAAAUAAUAAUUAUUAAUUAUAUUAAUAUCUUUUGGAACUCUUUUUUUCGAAUUGUCUUAUUACACACUCCAUUUUUAAAAAUUAAAUUGAAUUUUAAAUGUAAAAAAAUUGAAAACCGAACCAGAUUGGAACCGGAACCGCCGGUUUUGGAAGUGGUAGUGUGCGGUUCCAUUUCCAGUUGGAAACGCGGGCAGGUCUAGAUAGGCAUGGCCUCGGGCCGGUUCGGGCCUGGGCCCGGCCGGUUCACGGUUCAGGAUAUGGGAGGCCCGGAACCGGCCCGGGUAACCCCCGGGUCUGGUUCGGGUCGGGCCUCGGUCCAAUCUAAUUUUUUUUGGCUUCUCCUAAUUAACUCCCAACCUCCCCCCUCACCCCCAAACCACCUCAAAUGACCCAAAAUACCCAACCCAACCCAAAAACUUAAAAAAAAAUCACAAAAAAAAAAUAAAUUUGGCCCGGACCUGGCCCGAACUGGCCAGGCCGGUUCACCAUUCCUAGGGCCCGAGCCCGAACCGUAUGACUAGCGGGUCGGGUCGACCCGAACCGCCCUAUGGCCCGGUUCCCGGGCCGGGCCGGUUCAAACAGUGACCGGUCCGGGUCGGUUCCAGGGCGGGCCGCCCGGCCCGAGUCCAUCCCUAGGUCUAGAUCCCAAGUCCAAGAGCGACCUUACCUGUAUUGUCGGAAAAAACAUGUGCAUUUAGAUCCCGGUUUUCGAUCAGCCCAGUUUUGGUUUUUUAGCAUGCUUAUAAAAAGUCAGAACUGGACUUCACCUAUUUUAGAGGAAAAUAGGAAAUGAGUUUGACCGAUUCUGUUACCAAAUCUUGAAACAAGCUGCAGAUAUGGACCUGCCUGGUCCUUGUACUAUUCCAAAAUAGGGAUAAUGUCUACUCCACACCCGGUGUUCGGUGACCCGGUUAACACCACUGGUAGAUGACAGCAGUUUCUUAAGACAUUGAUCGCAGACUCUGCAGGUUUGGAUUUUGACAGGUUUGGGUUUGAAGUUUGAACUAGGCUUGGAGGCGGGUCGGUCCUGGUUCUAAAUAGGGAUGGACUCAACCGGGCCGGCCCGGCCCGGAACCGGCCCGGCCCGCCACUGUGCAGGCCCGGCCCGGAACCGGGACUGGUGAACCGGUUCGGGCUUUGACCCGGCCCGGGGGGGUUUGGCGGUUCGGGUCCGGUUCAUUUGUUUGGUGGCCCGGCCCGGCCGGUUCGGGCCCGGGUCGGGCCUAACGGUUACAUUUUAAAAAAAAAAAAAAAUUUGUUUUUCAGCCAAACAGGCCUUAUGGCCGUUGGCUUUCAAC